AGUGGAGCCUGUGCUCGCAAUAGUGACAGUAAUUUUUUUUUUAUAUAAAUAUAUAUAUAUAUACACACAUAUAUAUAUAUUAACCGUACCUCGAGAUAGGAAACCACGCGGGAAGACAGACAAUCGUUACCAUGAGGACGUACUACUACGUGAUUGCCGCCAUUCUGAUCGCCGGCGCGAACGGGCAAGAAUCCUUCAAAUGUCCAGACGACUUUGGCUUCUACCCUCACCACAUAUCCUGCGACAAAUACUGGAAAUGCGAUAACAAUGCGGCGGAGCUGAAGACAUGCGGCAAUGGUCUCGCAUUCGAUGCCUCUGAUAGCAAGUUCCUCACCGAAAAUUGCGACUACCUGCACAACGUCGACUGCGGCGAGAGGACGCAACUGGAACCAGCGAUCAGCACUCCCCACUGUCCUCGUCUCUAUGGUAUAUUCCCCGACGAGAAGAAAUGCGACGUCUUCUGGAACUGCUGGAACGGAGAGGCGUCCAGGUACCAGUGUAGCCCUGGACUCGCUUACGACCGCGAAGCCAGAGUUUGCAUGUGGGCUGAUCAAGUGCCUGAAUGCAAAAACGAAGAGGUCGCAGGAGGUUUCGCGUGCCCGGCUGCAGGCGAAGUGAGCGGAGCAUCCGGCAGCUUCAGCAGACACGCCCAUCCUGAAGACUGCAGAAAAUAUUACAUAUGCCUCGAGGGUAUCGCCAGAGAAUACGGUUGCCCGAUCGGUACCGUCUUCAAGAUCGGUGACGCCGACGGAAGUGGCGCCUGCGAGGAUCCGGAGGACGUUCCUGGAUGUGAGGAUUACUACGGUGACUUGGACCUGAAGAGCAUUAGGAAGAGCGAGCUUCUAACCGGAAUUCAACAUUCUGGCGACAACAGGAAGACUCAGGGUAAACCGAGGCCCCCGUCGGCACCUGCGAGGCCCAACGCACCCCUUCAAGAAUAAUCUCUAAAUCUUUAUCCCCUCGCCUUAUCACACUUACCUACCCCUAUCUACCUCCAUCCUACCCAUCCCUCUUUACCCGAUACUCUUUCUUCUAUCACACACCUACACACGCGCGCGCACACAACACAGAACUCAUACAGUCUCGAGAGAACAUGAUGUUCGAUACCUCGGAAUACACUGGCCGAUAAAAAUAAAGAAACAGAACGAUUAGUUGAAAAUUAUUUCAAAAAUUCAAUACAGAAUGUUAUACAGCUUAGGACCACGUGUAGAAAUGCAAAUAUUUUUUAAUUAUAUUUCAAAGUCCAAGGUAAUUAUAAGCACCUCUGUGCGGGCCCCGGGCACGCGAUUAUUUUCCCUAGCGGUAGACACGGUCCUGUAUAAAAUCAUUUAUUUUUCGUAGUUUAAGUAAGAUUAAUUUAUUCCCCUUGUUUGAAGAGAAAUCGAUUCCCCUAUAAAUGAAAUUGAUUUGUUUCUUGAUUUUUGUAGGCUAGUGUACGUAACGCCGUGGGUCAAGAGCGAUGCUCGAUUCCAUUCUGUGAUUUGCCUUGAAUUUAGAGUGAUUUUAAGAUUCUAUGCUCGGAAUUGAUACGUGAAGGGUAGAUCUACCGCCUCUGUGUUAAAGUUCUAUUCCUAUCGUUGAUGAUGGUAACGGGGAUGAUAAAUAAUGGACGUUUUAUUCGAUUUGAAUUCUCCACGCGUUUUGAUCGAUGCUGAUUGAGAUUGUGGGUGAAAUUAUUCAGAGACUGAUUGCACAUCGCCAUUGCGUGGAUAAAUGAAUAAAAUUGUUCCAUAUUUUUUUAUUUAUUUAUUCUACCUCGUUGCCGUCUGAUAAAGUUUAAGGAAUAUUGGAAAUCGUGUCGUCUCAUUGAUAAUUUCUUUCAUUCUCUGUUGAGUCGCGUAGACUUUUAUUAUUAUUCUUUUUAUCGUGAGACGUUCGAUUGGAUGAAUAAAAAUGGAAGAGAAGUUCUAAAUGGGGAUACGUUUAUUAAAUUUGUUAUAGAAAGAUUCCGAGCAGAAAUUCUUUGAAUAUAUAUAUUAAUAAUGAGAGAUUCUUAGGAAAGGGUUUGAAUUCGAGCUCGUCGUUAAACACUCUUGACCACGGUUGAGCAUGCUUGCGUAAACUAGACUCGUCCGUAUAUUUUUAAGUGAUGUGAAAGAUUCGUACAAUAAAAGGAUGAAAAAUUCGUGAAAUA